CGCGGCGAUUGCCUGGAACGCGCGUGGGCGCUCAACCCCGAGCUCGUGUCACCUGCGUCCUCGACGGCCGUGAGCAAUCCCGUCGGCACGCAGAUCGCCGCCCUCUCGGAUGGCAUCGGCAACGGCGGGGCGAUCCUCUUCACGGUCGGCGACGGCACCACCAACGCGGCCGUCGAUGAGCUGGUACGGACCUUACCACCAAAUGUCGUGCGGAGAGCCAUCGUGCCGGCCACAUUUGACUUAGACCGGGGAACUCGCGCCGAGUACCCGCGCCCUGAGCCAGCCGGGACCACCUACCUCGAGAUGACGCUGCGGAAGCUGAGCGCCACCGGGCCGAUGGGCGUGUGCCCCGGAGGGGACGAGCGUUACAACAAGGUGGUGUCCUCUGUGUGCGGUAGUUGA